AUGAGUUAUUGGGAUGACAACUCCAUGGAAAUGAUUUCGUCGUGGAAUUCCCCCGAAAUGAGUGAUUGUGAUGAGACAUCUCUCCAAGAUUCAGCCCAUCGGCACUGUUGCAGUCUCCAAAUACGUUCUCUAACUCUUUUUCACAGGAAAUAUGAGGUAUCAAACAUGUUUGGAGCCAAAAGAACAAGGAAGGAUGAAAGGGUUAUACUCCGGAUGGAAUGCGAAGAAGACAAUCCUGACGAUGGUUUUCAAUGGAGAAAAUAUGGCCGGAAAACUGUUAGUGGGAAUUCAAAUCCGAGGAGUUACUACAAAUGCACAUUCGCUGGGUGCAAGGUGAAGAAGCAUGUGGAGAGAGGAGCAGACGAUGUGAAUUUACUGGUGACUACAUACGAUGGGAAACACAAUCACCCUACACCAACUGGACGCAGUAGCACCAGAUCUGGUCCAAGGAACCGUUCUGGUUUUUCAGUGUCUCAACGGUUCCGCGGGCUGCCUUCUUCCUCUCCGGCAUGUCAAUAUUGCACUUCUUCUUUGAAGCCACAGCUCUAUAUGACUGGACACUCUAAGCUGCCGAGUUUUCCGGUAUACCAUAAUCAUGCCCGACUGUACAGAGGUGUACAAUGGGAUCAAUGA